AUCAAAUUUUUUAAUCGUAUUUUGGUGAAAAAUAUUUUUCAAAAUAAUAAUGGAAAAUUUUAAUCAACAUAUGAAUUUGAUGUUAUGAAUUUUGUUGUUAUUAUUUUGUUUCAAAUAUGCCAAUAAUUUUUGUUCAAUAAUCAACAGAAUACGAUUAAUAUUUAUUUCCAGAAUGUUUAUAUGUAUAUCUAGCUUCAAUUCCAUUUUUGGUCGGAUUGAAAUAUUACUAUAUUUUACUGCAACUGGUGCUACUUAUAUUUAUAAAAGUCUAAAAUAAUAGACACGAAUAUUAUAAUUUCAGGAAAGAUGCAACCGCCUAAACAUAAUAACAUAAGCGGUAAAUUAGGAUAUCCUCAAGUUCAAGCAUGGAUCGAACAUACGAAAACUAAUAUAAAACCUUGGAGAUUAUUUCUAAAUACUAAUUAUGUCAAAUCACCCCAAAGUGUGUCAAUAUUAAGUAAAAGAGUUGUGAAAAACCUUGAAUACUUUCACAGCAAUUACCUCUUUGUAUUCAUUGGAUUAUUUAUAUAUUGUUUGAUUACAUCAAGUUUAUUACUAUUUGCUAUUAUAAUGCUUUUUGGAAUUUGUUAUAUAGUAUCUAAAUGGCAUGUUAAUGAAAGAUUGUCGAUUCAUGGUCAUAAAUUAACUUUAGUUCAAUUAUAUGCAUUAAUUGGGAUUUGUUCAUUACCUUUCUUUUAUUUUAUUGGUGCUGGAGCAGAUCUAUUUUGGGUACUUGGUGCAUCCUGGUUUCUAGUAACACUUCAUGCAAUUUUUUAUAAUAUUGACUCUGUUUUAUGUCCAGGACAAGAAGAACUUGAUACAUUAGUAAUUGAAGAUGUGUAAAGUUAUUUUAAAUAUAAAAAUAAGUACAAUUAUAAAAAAAGAAAGUAAAACGUUUUCUUCUAAAAACAAUAA